CUUGCCGAAUGCGAUAAGAUAGUUUCAACCGAAACUAUCAAUGCUAUCGGAGAAAUCACAAAAGAUAUUGAAAUGGCCGAGGAUAACGUGCCGAGCAGCGAUGAAUUUGAUGAAGAAUUGGAAGAAGAAUAUCGUAACUUGAAUGAUAUUUUUGAUUUACCGCAUGAUACUUACUCCCUUACUGAAAUUACACCGGAAUUACCUCUUUGCGUCAAAUAUGGCAUUCGUUCUGGCGUAACUCAUCUAAAUAUGCCGCAAUUCUCGCCGUUAUCCAGAGGUUAUCAGGGUGGCGCUAUAGCGAUUGCAGCUUUUGCCACGACUGCGAUUCACAAACCACGCAAUUGGAACGAGGCGGUGAUCGAUCAGAUCAUCGAGGAUGGCGACACUUUUUACUGCGAGUCCUACAAGAAUGUGAACACCAGCGAUCGUCGGACAAUGACUAUUCUCGACUUGAAGAGAAAUCUUCUCAUUCAGAAAAAGUUCGAUAUAACAAUCGUAAUCGAAGAUCCGGCUUAUGCUGGAAAAUUUCGUUCGCGCGAUCCAACGGAGCUUCAUUUGGCAAAAGCGUUGGAAUUGUUUUUCGAGAAACACGAUGCUGGGAUUCUGACAUCACCGGUACUCAACAUAGCGAUAUGGCAAGACUCGAAAUAUUACUAUAUAUUUGAUAGUCAAGCGCGACGAGAUGAUGGUGAACCGGUUGCCGAUCAAGUCAGCGGUUCGGCCAAACUGUUUCUCGUGAAGGAUCUGAUAGGGGUACUAUUCAUUAUCCUCGAAAAGAGUAACGUGCGAAAUGAACCUUUUGUGAUCUACGCCGUAACUGUCGUUGCAAUUGAACCGAUCUCUUCGGAUGAUCCCGCGGAAGUCGAGAAGACAUACAGGAAGCUGCAGAAGAGACCGAGCGGUUACAAAAUUCGCCAGAAGAAUCGAGCUGUGGUGCAAGGAUCUUAUCAUCUCACGCAUCCAGCUAUACCGAAAGCUCUGCAAGACAAAGGUCACCUGAUUAUAGCCGUGGCGGCUCUGAUAUACUCGCGACUAAUUAACGCAAAUAAAUGGACGACCGCUUUGCUCAACUUGAUUAUCAAUCAAUCCAAUAUCUAUCUAGUUGAUCUAGCUAGGAUCCUUGAAAGAAAGCUUGACGACGAUUUUGAGCUCCGAUUGGAGGACCUGAUGAGCGACGUUAUUCUCGGAGUGUACUCCGCUAAGGUAAAGGUAGACGCGAAUGUGAUACCGGAUCCCACGCAGAAAGACAAGAUCACUAUUGAUAGCGGUAUCCACCAGUUCUUCGAGACGCGGGAGAUUGGGAUACUCGAAAUCAAGAAGAUCUUCUACGCGAUCUGGAAAGAGGGCGAUGCAUACUAUUUUCUCGAUCCGUUCGAGUGCGAUGAUGAAGGCUUCAGGAUCUAUCAAGAUAAGAAAGAAUACGCGACGGGUGAUACAUUCAAAGGUGCUGCUUGCGUUACCAUGAACAGCACUAUAAACGAGAUAGUAGAGACAGUACUGGAGAAUACCGGUAAUAAGGAUAAGGAUCCUUUUCUGAUACAUGGAGUAACAGUGCUGUAUGUGAAAACUGGAGUAGCGCCAGACGGACCACUCGAGAGAGUAAUUUAUCGAGAGAAAGGUACGAACCGUAGACCGCAGGCUCCAUCACCACCGGCAGUUACGGAUAGGAUAGAAAAGGUGAUUGAUACAACGCCUCGCGUACGACCGGAUGCGUCUAAAUUCAUAGAAAUGUCUAAUCAAUUUCCGGAAAAUAUGCAAAACGUGGACCUAUAUACAAUUGCGGAUGACGAACCAAUAAUUUUGAUACUCGCGCAAGAGGAAAAAAAGAAAGUUGAAGAAGAAGAUGUUGAAGAGGAAGAGGAAGAAGAGGAGAAAGAAGAGGAAAAAAAAGAGACUAUAGAAGCAACAGGAGAAGAAGAAGACAAAGAAAUAAAGAAAGCAGAAGAAGAAGAAGAAGAAGAAGAAGACGAAGAAGAAGAAGAAGUCAAAAUAAUCAAAGAAAUACAAAAAAAACCUUUGCUAAAAUUUAUUACGGGAUAUAAAAUGAUAAAUGUUCAUCGUCUGCUACUUUGCGGUACCAAAAAUUGUCUCAACGAAAGUUUCCGUCCGCAAUCACGUGGCAGGCAAGGAUUAAUAACCGCUUUGACUGCUUUGGCGUACAGAAAAUUGAAAGAUCCGACUCGCUGGCGAAAUAUAGACGUGGAUCAAAUCGUCGACGUUAGCAACAAAGCUUACGAGCAAGUCAUAACGUGGAUCGAACAAGGCCGACCGGAGAUAAAAGAAGCUGUAGGAGUGAAAGAAGAGUUAGAAGAAGUGGAAGAAGAAGAGGAAGAAGAAGAGGAAGAAGAAGAGGAAGAAGAAGAGGAAGAAGAGGAGGAGGAAGAAGUCAUUCGGAAAGUAACACGUGCUCCGAGUCAUUUGGACAUUUCUUUCUUACCGCCCAGAUUAAAACUAGCUGAGUACGAUGUUAUUUUCAAGACGAAGGCAAACGUUAUCGAUGGUGACGCGAAUCCGUUGGCAAAUCUCGCAGAGGCACUCGAGCGUUAUUUCGAUCGAUAUCCUGAAGUAAUAUUGGAAAACAAGAGAUUGAUGUACCCUAUCUGGAAAGAAGAUGGAAAAUUAUUUUUAUUUAAUCCUUAUGGCAGCGACUGGGAGGGAUGGCGCCUUCGGGAUCAUCCAGCCUCCUUUGUUGUAACAGACAGUCUUAAUGAGUUGAUCGAUCUUCUUCACGGUGUUUUGGAAUACAACGAUCCAUUAUUCUCGCUUCAUUUCGUAAACCUGGACACAAUACAACCAGAAAAAUAUAUUUCACCCGUGGAAAUUAUGAUCCCGGACGAACAAACGAUCGAUAAGUUUCGUACAAAAUUUCUACCAAUCACAGAUGAAGAUCUAUUGAAACUUGAAGAAAUCAAACUAGAUAUUGAAGAAGUAGAAAAACCUGUAGAAGAAGAAGAAGAAGAAGAAGAAGAAGAAGAAGAAGAAGAAGAAGAAGAAGAAGAAGAAGAAGAAGAAGAGGAGAUAGAAGAAGAGGAAGAAGAGGCAGAAGAAGAGGAAGAAGAGGAAAGGGAAGAGGAAGAAUUGAAGAAACCUCUUACAGAUCCCUUGCUCGAAAUCGAGGAAAUCGCACAGCCUGAUGCACCUUAUCGUCUAAAUCUGGCACUUCUGACCUCUACGGUAAAAAUCCAAGAACCGAUCGAAGAAGAGCUCGGCCUGCACGAAGAGGUGAUAAUGGAGAAAAUAAAGUACGAUCAUCCACCGCCGUACGUGAUGCCGCCGCGAAAAACACUUUACAUUUUGCUGGAAGCGAAACGGGCAAACAGAUCGAUUCCCUCUCUCGUAUCGAGAUUUUCGAUCGAUUCUAGACUAGAAGUCAAGAAAAAAGAUGAUUUCCCUGUCGAUAUGGCACCUGCAUCAGUUGCGAUCAUAUCGUUGCCUCAAGACAUGAAACCUUCUAAAAUGAUCAAGCUAUCUUUUGGCAAGUACUUGUAUUCAAGAUUACCGCCGAUUCGUAUAAUGCCUCUUAGAGCAAUUGACGAAAGUUACAUCCAAAAGGAGGACGUCGAUAAUGCACUUGAUGAAAAAUGUCUCGAACGAGAGAAGCUAGAGAAGAAGAAGGAAGAUGUGGCGUUAACAAAAUUAAGAACAGUAUUUUGUGGUGCGAAAUCAGAAUUGAUACCGCUCGGACCAAUAAUUAAAACUCCAAGUUUUAAUAAACAAAUUUUAUUAAAGCAAUUGGCAUGUCCCGAUGAGCAAUAUAAAAAGAGCGUAUCGAAUGCUGACAAAAAAAGAUUUAUGAUCAAAAGAAAACUGUGCGAUAAUGAAAAGCUUAUAUUCAAAUUGAUAUUUCCUAAUUUUAAUCCUGAUUUACAGUUUAUGGAAGAUGAAAACGUGGAAGUAAUACAAGGCAAAUCAAGUUUAGUGGAUCGUGAGCGAAUUGAAUCUUCUUAUUAUAAGCCAUGUUACAUCGCGGCUAUAUUGUGCAUUUUGGCAAAAAUUGUGCUGGAUACAGAUCGUUUUUGUGGAAGCAUUCUGGAUGAAUUGAUUCUCCUCACUGAUAAAAUCGAUCAAGGAGUGGGCAGAUUGCGAUAUAAGGAAUUUAGGACAUUUUAUAACGUGAACAUUCUUGAUUCGAAUUUUAACAUGAUUUUGAAAGAGAUCAUUUGCAUCGAUCCUGAGACUUCAAUAACCAACGAUCUUGAUACGAGCGUAGAGAAAUUCUUAGAAAAGAAUCAAACCGGUAUAUUGGUAUUGACAAAUUGUGCCUACGCAUUUUGGACGGCGGAAGGUAGAUAUUAUCUCUUCGAUCCUUAUCCUUGCGAUGAGACGGGACGCGCUAGUGUAGAGGGUUACUGCUGCCUUUUAAGAUUCCGUGAUUUAAAGUCCAUGCUCGACAGAAUUAAAGAAAACGCCGGCGAGACUGUUACAAAACCUUUCCGUCUCUAUGUCGUGUGCAUCGCUCACAUGGAAAAGAAGAAACGCAAACAAAAACGAAAAAAAGACAUCGAACAUCGCGAGAAACCAACCGUUGAAGAGCCGGCCAGAUGUGAGGAAAAGCGAGCUGUGGCGACGCCGCCAUCGGAGAUAUCUCUGAUAGAGUUAGCAGAGUGGGUCACUUCGGAUCCGGAGUUGGAUCCCGAUCGUGACACCAUAAUUCCCGGUUUUGCACCAAUGCGAUAUCAUGAAGCUUCGAUGCUUGAAGCAAUCGUUCUGGAGGACGACAUUACAACGCCUGCUCUGAUGCCAUUCAAAGAGAAAAAACGAGACGACGAUCGCGAGGAAACGACGAUAGAACGAACGAAACCAUCCGUGCGGAUAUUUCGAAACUAUAUGUCCCUCACAAUUCCCAUUGAUCUCUGCAUCAUGGCAUGGUCGUUGAUCCACGAUCCCGCGUCCUGGUCGGAGCGCACCGUCGACGGUUUGCUCGAGGCCAGCGUAGAUUAUGCCCUUGAUAGCGUGUUAGCGAGCGAAGAUACUUCGGUGAGUGACAUGACUGAUGGUUUGUUGCCAGAAUUCGAGAUAGCCAAUUACGCGUUUCGCGUGGUAUUCGCGCCGCUGCACUACGGAAAGCUGUAUGCUACGGAAGGAUGGAACCUUGCGAUGACUAUGGAGAGAAUAUUUGAGACAAAAAUCUACACCGGAGCAAUAGUCGUCUGUCGCCACGCUCAUGUGGGCAUCACGAAAUGCGGCAAAAAUUAUUUUGCUUGGUGGGCGGUCACGGGAACGAAGUGUUUGAGGAUGAUCACGUCCAGCUGCAUAAGCGAGUUUCUCAAAUUAAUUGUCAAGAUAAUCGAUGCGCCACAGGAAAUGGGAUUCGCCGUGAGAGCGAUCACGAUAUCCUACGCGCGUAAAAUGGCACCGGAUUGCAGCGACAUCCGCGGUCUUCACGAGCCGAUGGCAUCAACGACAUCCUUGGCGGAAAUUCAUCGGAAGAAGUCACCGGAAUCUCACGACUUUGAAGCGAUCUUCAGAUCAAUCGAACCGGCUCCGAAACCAAUCUUUAUACUCGGAACAGUGGCUUUGCGUGAUCGAAAUAGCUUGUUAGAGCCGCGAACAAAACGUUGCUAUUUCGUCGCGUUGUUGGCCGUCGUAAUUAAGCGGGACAUCGUUCAGUCUCCGCUUCCGAGCAUGAUCGACAGGAUUCUCGAAGUGGCGGAGAGUUUGUACAGACGAUUCGCUGAGCCGAAAUUUCAUGCGGAACAUAUAUUGCGAAAUGUCCCGCUAAUGAACAGGUUGUUUGACUUUCGAGAUUGUGCAUCGCCGCUGGUCACGUUAACGAAUUCUCAGAUCAGCAAAAACGAUUUUUACGUUCAAGUGAAAAGACAUUUGAAACGUCACUUCAAAAUGCACACAAGUGGCAUAUUGCAUUUCACUAACUGCUGCUACGGCUUUUGGUACUCGAGAUCGACCAAUUGUUAUUAUUAUCUCGAUCCAUAUCAAUGCGAUAUGGAAGGCAAAAAAACUUUCGCCAACGGCAACGCCUGUCUGUGCAUCUUCUCCUCUGUGUGUCAAAUGACAAAGCACAUGUGUCUCAAUCAAUUCGAAGGCACGACCGGAUUCUAUCUUCAUAGAAUUCACGUGAUCUCCAUCGACACAUUACCGUACGAAAAGUUCCAGGAAGACCCGAUGUGGAUCUAUCUCGAUUAUCACUGGAAUUUCACGCAUUCAAUCAUGCGAGCGCGUAGGAAAGCAAGAAACGGCGAUGGAUCUGGUCCGGAAUUUGAUCGGCGAUUUUGGAAUAAUUAUGCGAUUGAAAUUACUAAUUUGAUUUAUUCUGUUUGGGGCACAAUCGGCGCUUACGAUUGCCGUUUCGGAGAACGGGCAGGGAAAAAUCGUGUCGCCAUAUGCGUGGUCAUCCUGGCCAUGCAACAUCUUUGUCAUCCCUCUAGAUGGGGCCCCGCCAUCCUAGAUUCAGCCGUGAUCUGCGGCGAUUCCUAUUAUACAGAGAGUCUGAAAAGCGCAGCGCGAAAGUGCUUCGAGUCUGGAAACAGGUUCGGUUUGCGAACUACCCUCAAGGUAUUCCCACAUUUAUGGACCGUGCAUUUCGGCACAAACGUAUGCGGAAUUCUAUAUGGCGAUCGAGACAGAUUGACAUUAACCGGCGCGUUGAAAUUAGCCUUCGAGGAGGCACGCAAUGUCAUCAUCGAAUGUAACGAGAUCACCCUGGCCGUGUUAGUUGCCAAGGACGCUUAUUACAUCGCCGAUCCUUGCUGGAUCGGUCCCCCAUUAUUCGCGAGGGAUCGUAAUGCGAUCUACGUUUUACGCUGCAAAAACGUGAACGUAUUGAUAUACGCAAUCACGAAGAUAUUCAAUACCAAUCAACGACUCAGCGUUCGUAUUACGCCUGUAAGACUCACGUUCGAUCAGGAAGACUUUGAUGUAGAUCCCGGGCUAUACCCCUCUAGAAGGAAGAUCUUAUCGAGAUCGUUACGGAAAGAUCCAGGAAAAAUCGAAGAUCCCGGUACGUCUCUUCCCGGAGCGGUUACGGUACCAGAUGUGGAUUCUUAUCUGCGAUAUCGACAUCUCGCCGAUAAUGUAAUCGGAGGUUCCCGACCGGAGGAUUCCCAGCUGCGAUAUCACACGCGACUUGCGUUGAAUCCUGAAAAUGUGAAUAACAUGUUCGUGAGCACCAAAUGGCGUUUGAAUCUCGGCCAAAUGCGUCCUCCGAAACGACCCAAGCCAUUCGUGGAUUCUAUCAAAAUGAAACGUGAUUCGGCGGAUUGCGUCGGUUCCGCGACUGAGCUAUACCAGCCGCAUCAUUCGCAAAUUUCUGUCACGGAAUUAAUUACCGCGUGUUGUAAUUAUCCGAGACCGAUGGAUUUCGUCAGCGAUGUUCCUCCACCUGGAAUAGAGACACUCGAAUGCAACCUGAGUGAUCGUGAUUUCAUUCGUAAACAAAGCCGCAUAGAUUUCAAUGAAUAUGUUGCAGAAAUGUCUCGGGAUAUUUACAAGAGUUAUCGCCAUGGUCUGUUGAAAAAUAAGAACUCUGUUUAUUCUUCAAUCAGUGCUGCUCAAGUGAAAGAUGAAGCCGAGGAUAUCCCAGAAACAUAUAGUGAAUUAAGCAAAGCGACAAUCGAUACGGAAAUUGAAACUGAACAUGAGUAAUUGUUGGAAAUUUACAGAGACGUGAUUCUUCUAGAGGUCGAUUAUGAGCGUAGGUAGAUAUUAAAUGUUUUUCCGUGAAAUUCUGACGUAACUAUAGAGAGCAAAAUAACAAUUUUAUGUGAUUACAAUAUAGUACUUCAUAAUUCUAUUGAUGUGCUUAGAAAUCUAUUGACAUUCCUGUUUUAUCUCAUAAGAAACACUCUAAUGCCAAGAAAUUCUUA